AUGAAGUUGCUUCUUGACGGCGCUCUUGGGAGGGAGGAGAAAGACGAAGUAAUGAGAAUGGAGGAUUUAGGGUAUCCAGAUAAGCCAACUAGGCAACAGAAGAGGGACGUUAAAGAACUGAUGGCAAUAUUAUCUCGUAUAUAUCCUUGUAAAGAAUGUGCAGAUCACUUUAAAGAAGUUAUAAGAUCAAACCCGGUGGAGGCUGGAUCUCAUCACGAGUUUUCACAAUGGGUAUGCCGUGUGCAUAAUGUUGUUAAUAGAAGCCUAGGCAAGCUUGUAUUCCCAUGUGAACGGGUCGAAGCAAGAUGGGGCAAGUUAGAGUGCGAGCAGCGCGCGUGUGAUCUACAAGGGACUUCAAUGAAUUUCAGUAAUGAAUUGAAAUGAAAUUUGAAAUUUGUAUCGUAUUAACAUUAAUAUGACGAGUGCAUCAACGGUACUUGUUCGAACAUUUAUAGAAAUACCGAUAUAUG